AAUACUGAACUGAUUAAAAAAAAGUUGCUGCUAUUUUUUUGACAAAUUUUAAAAACUUUUGUUUCACUGUUCGUCCCAAAAAAUCUAAGCCCGCAUUAUUAUCAAAAUGAAUGGUUUAGUGAAAACCGCUCACAGAGUUAUAAAUUGCGUUAAACAUUCGAGCUUAACGAGUGCACUGGUGACCCGCUCCCAAGCUCCCGUCAAACGCGAUUUCACGAGGGGAAUAUGGCAUAUGAGCUGUUCCAAGAGACUUGAGGGCCCCACCGCAACUGGAUUACUUCACAAUCAUUCCAAUACCUGCAGUUGCGGUUGUGGUCUCAAAGCUAUACAUACCAAAGAUAAAGAAGACCAAUCAAUGCAACCUAAGCCCCUCGGUGAAAGAGAACUAGUAGAGUUCCUUACAGAAGAAAUAGUGGCAGAACGGAAAGCACAGAAGGUUAAAAGCUUACCCAGCGAUGUGGAGGGCUUCACCGUGAAGGGAGAUGGAGCAGAGGUUGUGCUUAGCAAACAACUUAAAGAUGAACUCAUCAGAAUUACCUUCAAUGUGAACCAUACAGUAGACUCUGAUGACUACGAGGGUGAGGUACAGCAGGAGAAGCAGGAAUUUGCUGAGAUGCGCUCAAAGCCGCAGUUUGAGGUCGACGUUGUGCGCGGCGACACCACACUAGGAUUCACCUGUUCGUUUUUGCAAGAGCCACCAGCAACAAGUGGUGAUGAAUACAAUGAUGUCUUCGGCAUCGACGAGGUAACGAUCUACAAAGGAGAGUGGAACGACAAAGUGUACGCAGUCGCCGGGGAUGUGCUAGAUGGGUAUCUGUAUGAUCUCCUAAUGAAUCUGUUAGAAGAGAAAGGGAUCAGCAACGACUUCGUGCAAAAGUUGUCAGACUUAAGCACGGCGUACGAGCACUCAGCAUACAUCAACUUACUGGAAACCAUUUCCAAAUUCACCAUCGGCAAACAGUAGACACCAAUUAUGACUUGGUCGACAGGUAGAACUCCAGAGAGAAUUCAACAGAGAAGAGAGAGUUCUCGAACAAAAAUAGUCUAUAUAAAAUAUGUUAUUGUUUUGUUAGUCCAUUAUAAAAUUGUUUUGCCAAAAUGAUAUUACCAAUUACAUAUAUAUUUAUAUUUCAUAUAAAAGUACAAAUAGAGUUGCAAAUUGUAUUCAUAAUUUUCUGAAAUAUGCAUUUUGAAGUUACAGAAAGUCUUAGCUCGAAUUUAAUCUUAUGUUUGUAGAACCUGUGGUAGAACGGAUGUAGAGAAAGGAGCAUUUAUGCGUGAGGCGACAGCUUUAAGUUAGUUAGUUAUGCAACCAUUGGUUGCUGUGUUAAUUAUGUUUAGUUAAUACUUGUCUCAAUAAAAUUGUUCCAUACCUU